UUAAACUGAGUACACACACGCGCCAGGCGUCACGUCUUCAGCAUUAUUUUUUAAUAGAACGGUUAUUUUAUCUGUGAAUAUUAAAAAGCCUGUAAAAUGUACUGCUGAAAAUCAUUGAAGGAUAAUGUGUCUUAAUUCCGAGUGAUAACGUUUAUUGUUGUGUGAAUUUUGAUUAUAAUGACGACUCAUGUAGACAGUACGUGUAAGAGUAUAGACAGAGAUAGUAGUGAAUCAGUGAAAAUGGUGUACACGAUAACUCAACAGAAUAUUUUACAGAAACAAAAAGAAACGAAACGAUGUUUGUGGAAGGAAUUACUUAUAGCCGUGCUUGUAAACCUACCAUUCUUCACACAUGGGAUAGAAACCACAAGAUUGACGUCAUCAAUCCAUUCCGGCCAUUUUGUUAAUAGUAAUGGGACUACAUGGACAACUACCUCAGUCAUAGCCGGGGCUGGUAUAGCUGCUCCUAUAUUCUGCUACAUAGCUGACACUUAUGGCAGAAUGAGUGGGGUGUUUUUAGUCAGUAUGAUACAAGGGAUAUCACUAAUCCCACAUUUUCUACUAAAUAAAAGAAACAUAUUCUAUGUAGAAAUAAUCCUGCAUAUCCUAGCAGGAAUAUCAUCAGGCGGGCUAUUCACCGUCCUACCAAUUUAUUUAAGAGAAGUGACCACCAUCCGUGGGUUUGCAGUCCCACUACUGGUGGUAAUGACCACCGGUGGCUAUCUAAUGAAGAUGGUGGCGGUAGAAGUGAGGUUAUAUGUGAUGCUGGCUAUGGUGAUGGUGCAGUUCCUGUCAAUUCUGAUGAUGGUAGAGAGCCCUGGUUAUUUGGUGAUGAUGAAGAAAUAUGAGAAUGCGCGAAAGAAUUUAUCAAAGCUUGUGUGUGUGGGCGAAGAUGAUCCGUAUGUGUCAAAGGAAAUAUCUCAGCUUAAAGAUGAAAGCGAUAAGGCAAAGGCUAAGGGAAGGCUUACUGUUUGUACUGUGUGGCGAAACAAAAUUUGGCUAGAUGGCACAAAAGUAGGAAUCGUUCUUUACACAAUAACGGCUAUAGGAGGAAGCAUUCUCUUCUUGGAUCAGCAGAAAACGUUGAUGCAGUUAAGGGUGUCCUCUGAUCCUGAGAAUAUGCUGGUACUCAGCACCUUGUUCCUUGGAAGCGUGUUCUGUUUAAUCUGCACUACUUUUGUGGAUAGAAAGUACCUCCUCACAGCAGCCUACGUCACGAUGACGAUGUCGACAGGAGUACUGGCAGUGUACACACAAGCUGAUCUGACUGUGACGUCACUAAGAUGGGUGCCUGUCUCUGCACUCGGCGUCCUGGUCUUUGCAUACGGAGUGGCCUGGGGUCUACCUAUCGUCAUCAUGGUCGAAAUAUUCAAUUUGGAAAUCCGAGCAACGCUAAUAGGAGCAAUUUACUUGUACUCCCAAGUGGUCAAACUCAUUCACGUACACACCUUCCAAUACGUAGAAGAUUAUGUAGGAGUUUAUACCACAUUCUAUAUAUUUGCCUGUAUAAACUUAUUUGGAGUGGUGUACACUUUGUUUGCUGUACCUAAGAUUAAGAACAAGAGUGUGAGACAGAUCGAAAAGCAAUUGAAAAGACAACCUUUACCCGCGUGAAUAAAGUUUAAAUUAAGUUUUGU